AUGAAGAUACAUAAAUGCUUUAUGUGUAACUAUUUGCUGGAAAUAGUUAAGAGGAAGAGGAAGAAAAAGAAGUGCGCCCGAAGUCGCAACACCCUUGUGCACAAGGAGACAGGGGGAGAAACAGAUGCUCUGAAGGGAACUCAUUCGAAUAGCACCAAUAGAAACAGGACUAGUUCCCUCGAAAAUGAUCCAGAGGAGGAGGUGUUACCUGCUUUGGGAAAAGUACAAUCAGAGGAAGAUAUUGGGGCGACUGCUGAUACCACGGUGGUGGAGCGUAAUGCGAAUGGAUCUUACCACUCUAUCUGCCUUUCCAUUUGCAACUUCAGUAGCUAUCACAAUGGUUAUAUAAAUGAGAGGUGUGGCAACAAUUCCUUGGAGGAAGCAGCUGAUGCGAACUGCUGCAUCGAAAGGAAGCCCCACAAGGUGAACCAUCACAUCGAACAGAAUAAUCAACACAGGAAGGAAGAAGCUCGCUACUCAUGUAUGCUCCUGCCUGUGUGUGAACAGAAUGGAAAAUAUGCCCCGUGUCGAAGGACCUUAAUCAGGCGGAAAGGCAUAAAUGCGAACUACUCGCUGGAUAGGCUUUACCUCACCUUAGUAGCUCAGCACCGAAUUGGACAGAUAAAAAAAGAUAUCAUGAGGUUUAUCUGUUUUGUGCGCUUUUUCCUGUCACAGAGGAAGAAUCAGAGGGCCAUCAAUUUAGUACAGCAUAUUGCCAAGUGGAGAAGUGAAUCACGGGAAGUCACACCCCUGUGGAGCCAACUACACCACCUGUAUAGGCGCCAAAUGAGCAAAAUAAACCGGAGCAAGUGCAUCUAUAGUGAUCCCAUUUUGGAAACUCGUAAAAGGAGAUCACGACGAUUGUUCUAUAAACUGUUUAAGCGAAGUCUGCGCGUUGUUCACAUGCUAGAAAUGGAAAAGAUUAGACACAAGAGAUUUGGUGAUCAGACCAACAUGGGACCUUACCAUCACGCAGACAUCACCAGAAUUAUGAAAAACAGAAUUACCAAAAAUAGAUAUUUAAAGAGUAUAAUUGAAUUAUGUCAAAGGUACGUUAAUAUUGUGGAUAGCUCCCUUCUUUGCAUUAUGAGCAGGAUGGGAAAGGCUGUCGUAAGAAUUGGUAUGGCGGAGAAGAAGUGUCAUCGGGGGACUAUUAUAACCACUGAUGCGCCAUUACAAAGAAGGGUCAACCUAAAGAAUGACUACACCAAUGAAACUGUCGGGAACCUCAAUAGGAGGAGACAGUCCUUUAAAGGGCGCCACAAAGGACGGCAUUCUGAUAAAGCAACUCUGUCCUUUUUUAAAGAAAAUAAUGUGGGGACUCAUUUUUGUCAGGAAUCGAGGGAAAACCCUUCUUCCAUUGGUACGAUAAAGGGUGGACAGAAGAGAAACACAACACUAAACUGGAAAAUUUCGAAUGACACGAGUACAGGUAGAAACAGACGAGGAGGGAACCCCCAGAACAGCUCCAUGGACACGCCUGAUGGAACAAAGGAGGUAGCCAAACGGGACAAAAUAUAUAGCACCGUUGAGUUGGGGUAUUCCCUAGGAAGCAGAAGAAUGAGCAGAGCAAAACGAGCCGGUAACUGGUCCAGUAGGUUUCUCACAUCUAGAGGUAAAACUCUCGUCAAAAAAAUGCACAGUAGGACGUAUGGCCCUAUUGGGCGAAAGAAAAAAAUAAGUGUCAAGGAAGCACACAACAGAAAUAAUAAUUACAAGACGUUCAAUCUAAGAAAAAAUAGAAAUCACCCUGGAAGAGCAACAAAAAUGUGGCAAUCGUAUUUCCGAGAGGACAUUAAGAGUGAGGAAAUUGAACGGGCUAACAAAGUGGAAGGGGAGACAACCCUCCCUGAAUAUGACAGCUACGAGGAAUAUGUCUAUGCUGAUAAGCCCUUUGAAACGAACUCUGAUAACCUAGUGAGGGACAAGGAAAGAAGGAAAGAAGGAAGUCACGAAAUAUAUGGCGAUGGAAGAAAGGACCCGUUCUGGAUGAUCGACAAGAGUGGAACGCACAAGAGAAGAUACGAUACCCCCAGGGAGAGCGAAAAAAAGAGAGACCAUACGGAUAAUAAAUUGAUAUAUCGGAGCAGCUACAAAGAUGGCAUAAAUCAAAACGAUCUGAACUGUGUCUUCCCCAGCGGAAACAGGUUUGUGGAGUGCCUACGAAGCUGCGAGCACAUCAAGAACAACUUCAAAAUGGUGAAGCUGAUAAAAGAUAACUGCUCCAAUUUUGUGUACAAAUGCUUCGACACAAACAACAAAAGAUACGUGGCCAUCAAAAGUGUGAACAAAGAAAAACAACUCUCCAUUAUGAGUUACAGUACAUAUUUAAGUAUUUACAAAAUUGUGCAGAAGAUUAAUAACGAUAAUGUAGUAAAGAUUUAUGAUGUGCUGGAGAGUCCUUCUCACUUCUUCAUCGUGAUGGAGUUAUGUGAAGGUACAGACCUUGUCGAAUAUGUGUCCAAGGAAGAAAUUGCUUUCGAGAAGGCGAAAGAUAUUAUUUGCCAACUACUGAACGGAAUUAACGCUCUGCAUGCCAAUUCGAUCAUUCACAGAGAUAUUAAGCUGGACAACCUCAUGUUCAAGGACAAAGGUUGCGAGAAACUGGUCAUAAUUGAUUUUGACAUGAGUGUUUACAUGUAUGGGGAGCUUGACGUGCCUGUUUGGGGGGACAGCUGCCUGUAUGGCAGCGACACGAAGGAGGGGUUCGAUGAGAAUUAUUUUGGCAACUGCGGGAGGAGGGGCGAGGCCGCCAAAGUGAAUGUCACCAAAAUGGAUUGCCCCAAAGGGGACUACGCCAGAGCCGACUCCACCAAUCGAAGCUUGACCAAUCCCAGCUUCGCCCAAAACAGCGUGCACGCCAAUUCCGUGCAAGUGAAUAAGUCCCUUCCAAAGCACUCAUGCAACUGCGAAUAUAUCAUGAGCGAGGACGUCACAAAAAAGGAGAGCAAUGUGCUGCGCAGAAGCCAGUUCCUGACGAACAACUUCGACUCCAAUAAUAUAUACGCCAACAAAGUCAUCGGAAACAAUGAGGACCAAAAAAAUUGUGUCAUGUACCCUUCCUACUCUGAUAGUUAUAUAAAGAUUCACAAGAACAACAAAAAAACGACGUCCCUUAAUUACAAUUAUAUAAGUCAGAUAGAGAAUGGAUUCCUAUCUGCAUGCACAGGCAACACGGAGAAGACGUUCAUUAACGAAGGAGACAGAGUGAUUUACAACGAUCUGAUUAUUGGGACAAAAGAGUAUAUGUCUCCGUACUGCUUGAAGGGAAUAUAUAGCAUAAAGACAGACAUAUAUAGCAUUGGAGUUACUAUUUUUUUAAUUCUUUUUAAAAAUUUCCCCUAUCUGUUUGAAGAGAAAAGUAUCAACAAAUGGCAGAAUGAAGUGAUUAACAAAAAUAAGGACAUAGUCAUUCCUUUUUCCUUCCUGUUCCAUAACAUAACCUGCACUUAUUUUGUAAAAUUAAUGGACGUACACCUAAUGCACAAUAAUAUUUAUUUUUGCAAAAAUAGUUGCCUCCUGGACAACAAUUUGAAAGAAAUUGAGAAACUUCGGAACAUCAGAAUAGAUUUUAAUCAGAUCAAAAUCAAUGCCAAAAAUAUUUACCUGAUUGAAAUUUUGAAGCGGUCUUUAUCGCUCGACCUCGACGAUCAGUAUAGUAGCGUUUCCGAAAUUUUGGAAAACAAAAUUUUCGUCUGA